AUGCUUCAAUCCGCGUACCCCAGCGGCCGAGCUGACGCAAGAUGGGCCGUCGGGGAUUCGACCGUCGUUUCCCUCGAGCUCUUGACCGUUCUUGGUGCGGGCCCGCUGUGUUGGUACCUCUUGUAUCAACUGAUCAAAGGGGAUAGGGCAAGGCAUUAUUGGCUGUGAGUCAAGAAUCGGGCUGAUCUGCGGCCGAACGCCAUGCUGGCCUAGGUACUUGCUGAUUUUUCGCCGGUUCCUUCAAUCGUGAUCAGAAUUGUCUUGUCGUGAGUAUGUGACGUCAAAAGAUGGAAAAGUCCCACCGUUCUCAGUACAUAUAUCCCUAAUGUGCAGUACUGCUGAGUUAUAUGGCGGCUUCAUGACCGUGAGCACCAGCGCUACCUUACCUUUCGCACAACCGAAGCUGAAGCGAAGUUUUCGUGAUGCCGAAAGUUUUGCCCCGAGUGGAUCACGGGCAACCAGAACUUGCACACAGGCAACUGGUUGCAUUUCUGGUGCGUCUGACGGAUGAUUCACCGUGGUUAUGGUGCAUCGUCACUUACGCCUCGGUGUUGCACAGGGUCUACCUCAUGUUCUUCAAUCUCAUGUGAGGUGUUCGCCAACGGUUCUGACCAUCGUUCACCCAGUCCCACUUACUUGCUGGUUCACCUCCAUUUACAUAGCUGGGUAUUCAUCCCGCUGUGGAUCAUGUACGAUUCGUACGGCUACAUCGUCCACAGUCUGCGCGAUCCCGCCGGGUACGCCGCCGAGCUGACGAGGACCGAGACCGUCGCCAAGUUGAAGCCGAGGAAGUCACCGACGAAGAAGGUGCAGUGA